UCAACUAAACUGAAUAAAUGAUUAUUUUCAACUAACCACAAAGAUAUUGGAACACUUUAUUUCAUUUUCGGAGCAUGAUCAGGAAUAGUGGGCACUUCAUUAAGACUCCUAAUUCGAGCAGAACUAGGAAAUCCUGGCUCCUUAAUUGGAGAUGACCAAAUUUAUAAUGUUAUUGUUACUGCCCACGCAUUCAUCAUAAUUUUCUUCAUAGUAAUACCAAUCGUAAUUGGAGGAUUCGGAAACUGAUUAGUCCCUUUAAUACUAGGAGCCCCUGAUAUAGCAUUUCCACGAAUAAACAACAUAAGAUUCUGACUACUUCCCCCAUCCCUUUCACUUCUUCUCAUAAGAAGAAUUGUUGAAAGAGGAGCAGGAACAGGGUGAACCGUUUAUCCACCCCUCUCAUCAAACAUUGCACAUGGCGGAUCCUCUGUUGAUCUUGCCAUUUUCAGACUACACUUAGCAGGAAUCUCAUCAAUUCUGGGAGCAGUUAAUUUCAUUACAACAGUAAUCAAUAUACGACCCCAAGGAAUAACCCUUGAGCGAAUACCCCUAUUCGUUUGAGCAGUAGUAAUUACUGCAAUUUUACUUCUCUUAUCUCUUCCCGUUUUAGCUGGAGCUAUUACCAUACUCCUUACAGAUCGAAACAUCAACACAUCAUUCUUUGACCCUGCUGGGGGAGGCGAUCCAAUCCUUUACCAGCACCUAUUCUGAUUCUUCGGUCACCCAGAGGUAUACAUUCUAAUUCUACCAGGAUUUGGCAUAAUCUCCCACAUUAUUAGACAAGAAAGAGGAAAGAAAGAAGCAUUUGGAACACUAGGAAUAAUUUAUGCAAUAAUAGCAAUUGGGCUCUUAGGUUUUGUUGUAUGGGCCCACCACAUAUUUACCGUAGGAAUAGACGUUGAUACUCGAGCCUAUUUCACUUCAGCCACAAUAAUUAUUGCUGUUCCAACCGGAAUUAAAAUUUUUAGAUGACUAGCCACUCUUCAGGGCACUCAAAUUAAUUAUAGCCCUUCUAUAAUAUGAGCACUAGGAUUUGUAUUCCUAUUUACAGUGGGGGGACUAACAGGAGUAAUCUUAGCAAAUUCAUCAAUUGAUAUUAUACUUCACGACACUUACUACGUAGUAGCUCACUUCCACUACGUUCUUUCUAUAGGAGCCGUAUUCGCUAUCAUGGCAGGAUUAGUUCAUUGAUUCUCCCUAUUUACUGGCUCUACACUAAACCCAAAAUUAUGUAAGGCACAAUUUCUAACCAUAUUCAUGGGAGUAAACCUAACAUUCUUUCCUCAGCAUUUCCUAGGCCUAAGAGGAAUGCCACGACGAUACUCUGACUACCCAGAUGCGUAUACCCUAUGAAACAUUAUCUCGUCAAUUGGGUCAAUCAUUUCAUUAAUCGGUGUUAUAUUCUUCAUUUUUAUCCUCUGAGAAGGAUUCACCUCCUCACGAAAAACCAUUAUUCCCCUUAACAUAACAUCCUCAAUUGAAUGACUACAAAGACUUCCUCCUGCUGAACAUUCUUACUCUGAGCUUCCAAUACUUUCAUCUAAGUAA